GAUUUUGCAGUGACUAAAUUCUAUGACAGCACCUAAUUACAGGGGUGGCUAACAUUCUUAACGUCCAAUAUACAAUUGAUUUGACUGAGAAAGAAUAUUACGCAAAAUGUCUUCUAUAGCACAUGAAGAUGCACAAAGCGAUGGCGAUGACUGGGAUGAAAUCGAGGAGGGUGUUCCUCAGAUGACCGACCCAUUCAUGCAGAAAUACAUACAAGGGCGAGACGCAUUAAUAUCCCAAGAAAAGAAAUUACGCAGUGAUAAUGCAUUCCGUCAGUCUCUUUCCCCAGCGGCAGCUGAAGCUUGCGCUAUCGUGUCGCGGAUUCGAGCUGAAGAGCGUCGAACGGUCUGGACAGGCGCGUUUGAAGAAAGUCUCAUUACACAGGAGAAGGCUGAUGUUUUCCCGGGAAUGAUGUUCACCUUGGCCAAAGACCGAAUGCAGCAAACUCGUCUUUGGAAAAUUGUGGAAAAGUUGCCCAAGGGCUCGCUUUUGCAUGCUCAUCUUUGUGCAAUGAUUGAGCUAGAUUGGCUAUUUGAGCUGGCUCUUAGUAUAGAUGGGAUGUGUAUUUCCUCCAUGACGCCAUUAACAAGUAAGGCAGACCUUGAGAUGGGUGAAGUGGCAUUUCAGUUUGCGAAGACCACCAAUGCAAACACGAGGACCGCCGGUGAUCCGGAUACAAAUGCGGCAAUCUGGACCUCGGACUAUACGCCCGGUACCCUGGUGCCUCUUGUGGCUGCCGCAGACAGUUUUCCGGAUGGUGGCCGCGCGGGAUUUCUUUCUUGGCUGAAAGAUCGCUGUACGAUAACCGCCGAGGAAUCGCUGAAGCAUCAUCACGGGCUAAAUGCGAUUUGGAGAAAAUUCAUCUCUACGUUUGCUAUCCUCAAGUCUUUGUUGUUCUACGAGCCGAUUUUCCGCCAAGCCAUUAGGAAGAUGUGUCAUCAGCUGCUCAGCGAUGGCGUGAGGUGGGUUGAUUUGAGAGAAGUCUUCAUGUUCGAGUAUAGAAAAGAAGGCUCCGAAGCUCCGUUGGAAGAGUUUGAAGGAUAUGCGGAGAUGAUUCGUGUAAUGGGCGAAGAAGUGGAGAAGUUUAAGGCAACCGAGGAAGGGAAGGGUUUCUGGGGCGCGAGAAUGAUAUGGACUACGCUGAGACAUCUUGAUCGAAGGAGCGUUAUUGAAAAUAUGAACUACUGCAUUGAGGCCAAACUAAUGUAUCCUGAGCUUAUUGCGGGAUACGAUCUCGUUGGCCAAGAGGACAUGGGCCGAACUUUGAAAGAUUUGACGCCUGAGCUAUUCUGGUUCCGCAAAUCCUGCGCAGAAGAAGGCGUAGAGAUCCCAUUCUUCUUCCACGCCGGAGAGUGCCUUGGCGACGGCAGUGAGACGGAUCACAAUCUCUUUGAUGCUAUUCUGCUGGGGACGCGCCGUCUUGGGCAUGCUUAUUCAUUAUACAAGCAUCCCCUUCUCAUUGACAUGGUCAAGGAAAAGAAAAUUUUGGUCGAAUCUUGUCCCAUCUCGAAUGAGGUAUUACGGCUCACAGGGUCCAUUUGUUCACACACCCUCCCGGCGCUACUGGCUCGUGGAGUCCCUGCAUCGCUCUGCAACGAUGAUCCUGCUAUCCUCGGGCAGGGAACGAGUGGGACGACGCAUGAAUUCUGGCAGUGUCUUCAGGCGUGGGAUAAUUUGGGGCUAGAGGGUCUUGCAGCGCUGGCAGAAAAUAGCGUCCGGUGGAGCCCAUUCGAGGAUGAGAGUGCUGCAGACUGGGUCAAGGGAAUUAAGGAUGGCACUUUUGGGAAAGGGCUCCGGGCUGCGAGGCUGAAAGAAUGGAAUAUUGAAUGGGAGCGAUUCUGCCAGUGGGUGGUGGAGGAAUAUGGAGAUGACGCCGAGGGUGCAGAGGGCGGCGAUGAUGCAGAGGCUUGAAUCGCAGAUGAUUGCGACAGUAUUCCAGGUUGUUCAGAACCUGACGAUGAUCAUACCAAGACCAACUUAGAUGAGAAGCGUUCUCGUAUCUACAUUCAACAUUAUCCAUACC